AUGUCCUUUCCGCGUCGAUCCACAAAUAUCAGAUACUCUGUUGAAGUCUCGUUCCUCAGGGCUGCAAAGGACGCUGUCCAGCCAUCCCAACAUCGGACUCCGGAAAAGGUCAUUAUCCGCUGCAACAACGAGCACAUUACCAAGCGAUCAUGGCAAUCGGCUCGUUUCGACGCCUGCGUCCUGCAGCCGUGGACAUGCACGCCUUCCGCGUGCGAUUGCGCCUCUGAUCACAGGGGCGCCACCCUGCGCAGUCCGAUGAUUGACCUGGCGUCCAAUCAUGCCUCCAAGACGGACGAAUACAUGCAAGCCCUCCAUUCAACCCAACUGGACGUGAAGACUUGCCGCAACCUGAGCAUCUCGAUACAACCGGGAAACACGUUCAUGACAUUACUCGAAGCCAAGAAGCUAGCGACGACGGCAUGGAUCACCGAGAUGGAGAUUCUUCGCCUCUUCAAGGAGAAGCACACCUCCGUGAUCCAACCCUUGUCGACGCAUUCUGCCGUGGGGACAUCCCAUCUGGACCGGGACAACACGGCCAGGGAUCCGCUCCUCCAAGCCAUGACGGAUUUACACCUCCCUUCGAGAAUGCACAACCCGGCAACCCAGCAGCACCUGCAGCACAUAUGGGCAAUCUCCAACAUGCGACGCCUCGAGAGGGCGUUGGACAGCACCUCGGGCGAGCUGCUGGGGUUUACGUUGCGCGUCUACGACGACGACGACGUAGACGACGAUGACGACGAACCGUGGCUUGAUUACCACGCCAUCGGGACGUUUCGUCACGCGCAAUGGCUUCCAUUCGUCCAGGCGUCGAGCACUUGGGUGCGAUUUGUGGUGGCGGUUGGGAAGACCAUGUUUUUGUCUCCGGAUAAGUACAAGUUGAUGGUGGGCAGCCUUGAGAGGGAAGUCGGUCAGGCGGCGACCGGAGGCGAGCGCUGGAAGACGAUAUUGGAGACUUUGGGCGUUGGGGAUUGUUACGAGGAAUGGGUGAGCAUGGCGGAGGGGUAUACCGGCCAGGGUAAAGGGUAUGACUUGUAG